CGCCCAAUUUGUCUUACUUCUUGCUGCACUGAGUCCGCCGUUUGGUCGCCUGUAUUUUUAGCCAAAAUUAUAGAGCAUAUAAGUUGAUUUUCAGUUCGCGUUGACUGACCAGAGUCCGCGAACAUAUUUUGAUAAGUUUUUAUACACCGAUAUCUGUGCAUUACCGCAGCUAACGUUACAGAACAAGGUGAUAUCAUGGCGGAGGUUCAUAGCUUUGGAAGCCAGCCGGUUUGCGUCCAUGCAUGGAAUUCUGAUCGCACUCAAAUUGCUCUCAGUCCUAAUAACAAUGAAGUGGAAAUAUACGAAAAAUGUGGUCGUCAGUGGAAGAAGAUUCACACUCUGACUGAGCACACUGGUCGGGUUACUGGGAUUGACUGGGCACCUAAAAGUCAACGACUGGUAACAUGCUCCAGUGAUAGAAAUGCUUACGUUUGGAGCUUGGAUCAGAAUCAAUGGAAGCCUACACUUGUGAUUCUCCGUAUUAAUCGUGCUGCUACAUGUGUGAAAUGGUCUCCUAAUGAGGAUAAAUUUGCAGUAGGCAGUGGUGCCAGAGUGAUUUCAGUUUGUUAUUUCGAGCAAGAUAAUGAUUGGUGGGUCAGCAAGCACAUUAAAAAACCGAUCAGAUCCACAAUUCUCAGUUUAGACUGGCAUCCAAACAACAUUCUAAUUGCUGCAGGUUCAUCCGAUUUCAAGGCCAGAGUCUUUUCUGGUUAUAUAAAGGAUAUAGAACCAAAACCGUCUGCCACAAAUUGGGGAAAGAAAAUGACUUUUGGAAAUGUGAUGCAAGAGUUUUCGAUGCCUUCGGAUGGUUGGGUGCAAGGUGUAAAGUUCUCAGAAUCUGGAGAAAAAAUUGUUUUCGUGUCACAAGAUAGUUCAAUCGGGGUUGCAUAUGGUGGAGAAGAAGCUGUGACAAUGAAGACAUCGCAUCUUCCGUUUUGUGAUUGUACUUGGCUAACAGAAUAUAGCAUUGUUGCUGUUGGACAUGAUUGCAAUCCAAUGCUUUUCAGCACUGAUGACAGAUGCUCAGCUAUAACAUUCAUAAAUCGCCUGGACCAAGUGUCAAAGAAUGCAGGCGCAAAGACCAUGUCAGCUAUGGAUAGAUUCAAAAUGAUGGACAAGAAAGCCUCGACAGAUACUCAGAGCGAUGACAUCAGGACGAAACACAAGAACAGCAUUACGCAAGUUGUCAAAUGUGGCCAGGGAAAGUUUUCAACCAGCGGUAUGGAUGGCAGUGUGAUUAUUUGGGAUAAUAAAUCUCUGGAGUCUUCCAUUUCUGGAUUACGCAUCAAGUAGAUGAAAUUUAUGUGAUAUCGGACUGCUAUGACAAUAAAAUAUAUAAUCAAGAUAUUUCUUUUUUAAUUUCUAGUAGCCUAUAAGAAAAAAACAAUCAAGUGUAGUAUUCAGUUAAGAAGACAAAGAGUGCUUUAUUGUAUGAAUGUCACCAUUUCCGUCAUUUGAAAUUUUGUAAUUGGCUAAUAUAUGAAAAACUUUCAUUCGAAAUUUGCAGUAUCAUUAUGUGUGAAUUUUGAAACUUCGCUUGACAAGAAUUUAGUUUUAAUUGCAACUACUUUCUACAGUGAUCCCAGUUGUGUGAUUGUAUCCCAAAGAUUUUUAGUUUAAGUAAAAUAUUUAUGAUUAAGACAAUACCGGAUUUAACAAGAAAAUGUAUGUUCGAUAAAUGAUUAAAUGAAAUUCUCCUUAAGUUGUUAGUUUAUUAAAGAUUAUUAUUGAAGAAAUAAUAUUUAUGAUUAAGACAAUACCGGCUUUAACAAGAAAAUGUAUGUUCGAUAAAUGAUUAAAUGAAAUUCUCCUUAAGUUGUUAGUUUAUUAAAGAUUAUUAUUGAAGAAAUAAUAUUUAUGAUUAAGACAAUACCGGCUUUAACAAGAAAAUGUAUGUUCGAUAAAUGAUUAAAUGAAAUUCUCCUUA